AGAGUCACCUAUCCUUCCCCCCCUACCCCCCUCUCUCUCUCUUUCUCCCCAUUCCUCAUCCAUCGGAGAGAAAGAACCAGAAAUGGCUCUCACGAACACCUCCGCUGCCAUCUCCGCCAAGUCCUUCUACGGCACCACCGCCUCCCUGUCCAAGCCUCACCACGGUGUUUCCCAAUUGCCCACUAACAGAAAUGCUAGAUCUUUCAGCCCGGUCACAGCAGUCCAUGCAGCAGAACCUACCAAGAAUAAGGUGGCGGUGAAGGACACGUCACCCCCGUCUGUUGGUGGGAAAUGGGAGUUGGAUAGUUGGAGAUCCAAAAAGGCAUUGCAUUUGCCGGAGUACCCUGAUGCCAACGACCUGGAGUCUGUGCUGAAGACAAUCGAGGCGUUUCCUCCCAUUGUGUUUGCCGGUGAGGCGAGGAAGUUGGAGGAGAAGCUGGGAGAUGCUGCAAUGGGCAACGCUUUCUUGCUUCAGGGUGGUGACUGUGCUGAGAGUUUCAAGGAGUUCAGCGCCAAUAACAUCAGGGAUACUUUCAGGAUCAUGCUCCAGAUGGGUGCUGUGCUUAUGUUUGGUGGCCAGAUGCCUGUGAUUAAGGUUGGAAGAAUGGCUGGUCAAUUUGCAAAGCCUAGAUCAGACCCAUUUGAGGAAAAGGAUGGAGUGAAACUGCCAAGUUACAAGGGUGACAAUAUAAAUGGUGAUGCUUUUGAUGAGAAGUCAAGAAUUCCAGACCCACAGAGGUUGAUAAGGGCUUACAGCCAAUCUGCUGCAACUCUGAACCUCCUUAGAGCCUUUGCCACUGGAGGAUAUGCUGCAAUGCAGAGGGUUACCCAAUGGAAUCUUGAUUUCGCAGAGCAUAGCGAGCAAGGAGAUAGAUACCAGGAACUGGCUCACCGUGUGGAUGAGGCCUUAGGAUUCAUGGCUGCUGCAGGACUCACAGUUGAACAUCCUGUCAUGACAACUACUGACUUCUGGACAUCCCAUGAGUGCUUGCUUUUGCCUUAUGAGCAGGCACUAACCAGGCUUGAUUCAACUUCUGGCCUCUACUAUGACUGCUCUGCUCACAUGCUCUGGUGUGGGGAGCGCACCCGCCAGUUGGAUGGUGCUCAUGUAGAGUUUUUGAGAGGAAUUGCCAACCCCCUGGGCAUCAAGGUGAGCAACAAGAUGGAUCCAAAUGAGUUAGUUAGGCUCAUUGAAAUCCUGAAUCCAAAUAACAAGCCAGGAAGGAUAACAAUUAUUUGCAGAAUGGGUGCUGAGAACAUGAGAGUCAAGCUUCCGCAUUUGAUCAGGGCAGUCCGCAGGGCAGGCCAAAUUGUGACCUGGGUCUGUGAUCCAAUGCAUGGAAACACCAUCAAGGCACCAUGUGGACUCAAAACACGUGCCUUUGAUGCAAUUUUGGCUGAGGUACGAGCAUUCUUCAAUGUCCAUGAGCAAGAAGGAAGCCACCCUGGUGGUAUCCAUCUAGAAAUGACUGGCCAGAAUGUUACAGAAUGCAUUGGAGGGUCAAGGACAGUGACUUACGACGACCUAAGCUCUCGUUACCACACACACUGUGACCCAAGACUUAAUGCUUCUCAAGCUCUUGAGCUGUCUUUCAUAAUUGCAGAACGACUCAGAAAGAGAAGGAUUGGGACCCAACGCCUCUUGUCCAUGGGACUUUAAGCAGAUUCAGAAAUCCAAAUGAGCAUCUCUGGUAGGUGAUGUUUUGGCCGUGUUUGGGUAAUGAAUAAAUUCAGCGUGAAUGAUCCUUCAAUAUACCUUUGUGUUGUAGCCACCAGCCACCAUCACUUUGCUAGCAGCCAAAGCAUCUUGAAUUCCUGGAGAAAUACUACCUUUCUACCUGUAGAGUAUUGUUGUAUUGUUGACCCCAGUUUCAAUUUUAGUAUUUGUGUUUGAAGAUUUAUGCAUUUAGAUAUGAAUGUAGCCAUUGUUUCAGCUGUUGAAGAAAUAAAUCAGAGACCAUUAUUAUCAUUGUGGCA